AUGACUGUCAUCCGCUUUGGAUACUUAUUAUCUCAUUUUCACCUAAACGACAAUUCAAAUGAACCAAAGAAGGGGCAGCCAGGAUUUGAUAAGUUAUAUAAAAUCAGACCUUUACUCGAUAAACUAUCUGAAACUUUCAAAACCUGCUACAAACCAAAUCAGUACCAAUUAAUCGACGAAAGUAUGAUUUGUUUCAAAGGAAGGAGUUCAUUGAAACAAUACAUGCCGAUAAAGCCCAUAAAACGUGGCUAUAAGGUUUGGGUACGUGCAGAUGAAAGUGCUUUUGUGUGCGAGUUUCAGGUUUACGUAGGAAAAUCAGAUAAUAAUCAGUCGGAGAAGUCAUUAGGAUCAAAGGUGGUGAAAGAUCUAACUCGAACAAUUGUCGGAGAUAAUCACCAAGUAUUCUUCGAUAAUUUUUUUACCAGUACUGAACUUAUGAUUUUCUUGAAGACUGAAAAUAUUAUGGCAUGUGGAACUGUAAGAAGCAACAGAGUCGGUUUACCCAAGACACAAAAGAAAGAUAAGGAUAUGGUAAGAGGUGAGCAUGAAUUUCGUAGUUCGUACAAGGGUCUUGCGUGGCUAAAAUGGAAAGACAAUCGAGUAGUGUCACUUCUAUCGAAUUUUCAUGAUCCUUCAGUUACGAUAGAUGUCAAUCGACGAAUGAAAGAUGGUUCGACAAAAAUUAUAAGCUGUCCUGAAAUGGUAAAGGAAUAUAAUAAGCACAUGGGCUAUGUCGAUAAGGCGGAUAUGUUGAAAUUCUUAUACGAAGUUGAUAGAAAGUCAAAGAAAUGGUGGCUGCGAAUAGUUUGGCACUUUCUUGAUGUUUUAUCAUUUACAAACAAAGUAGCAGUGCAAACAAUCUAUCGCUAA